AUGCUGUUCGCGCUCAGUCUAGCAUGCCUUGUUCUAAGGGCAAACGGGGAAUCAGUGAGCUGUGGAGGAUGCUCUUUCUCAGUAUCAAACUCUGGGGUUGUCACAAGACAAGGAAACUGCGCAUAUAGCUGUAUCAACCUCCAAAUCUCCAACUCAAAUGCAUACCUUGUUCCAGCAGGAGUCUUGAAUAAUUUAACAAGCUUGCAAUCUCUGGAUCUCUCCACGAACAAGAUAGCUACUUUUCCAGCUGAGAUAUCAAGUCUCACCCGCUUACGCUUCUUGCAUCUUGCGUCGAAUCGGCUGACUAGCAUACCUGGUGGAAGUUUCGACAAGCUGAUAUUCUUGACACAACUGGACCUCUCAGUGAAUUUGCUCACCAGCAUCCCUCCCGGAGCCUUCGAUGCCCUUACCAGCCUCACAACUUUAUCCCUGUCCUCCAACCAGCUCGCUAGUUUUCCAACGGGGACCUUCACAAACCUUCAGCGUCUUGAGCAAAUGGAUCUCUCCUCCAAUCAGUUGAAGGCCAUACCUGCUGACAUCUCGACCUUGACCACUCUCACUACUCUGAAGCUCUCGGGGAACCAGCUGACUACGAUACCUACAGGGUUCUUUUCCAACAUGAUGAGCUUGACGAGCUUGGAUCUAUCUUCGAACGAGCUUACCAGCCUCCCUUCUGGGAUAUUGAGCAUAAGAAGCUUGAUAUUCUUAUAUGCAUCUGGGAACCAACUGACCGCGAUACCUUCUGGAUUUUUUUCAGGCUUAAACAGCCUGCAGAGACUGGAUUUGUCGUCCAACAAGUUGACCAGCCUGCCUGCUGGACUAUUUGCUAACCUCAUCAUCUUGGACUCGCUUUCUUUGGCCUCCAACCAGCUCGCUAGUUUUUCUGCCGGUUUCUUUUCUACGUUGAACAGCCUCAAGACACUGGAUCUCUCCUCCAAUCAGUUGAAGGCCAUACCUGCUGACAUCUCGACCCUGACCACUCUCACUACUCUGAAGCUCUCGGGGAACCAGCUGACUACGAUACCUACAGGGUUCUUUUCCAACAUGAUGAGCUUGACGAGCUUGGAUCUAUCUUCGAACGAGCUUACCAGCCUCCCUUCUGGCACCCAGCUGACAGGAUUGGGGACUUUGAAGCUAGCCUCCCUUCAGCUCACUACUGUUCCCGUUGAGAUCUUGAGCAUGAAGCGCUUGGCGACCUUGGAUCUUUCAUCCAACAAGCUGGCAAGUAUUCCAGCCAAUUUCUUUUCAAGCCUUCAAACCCUCACGUUUCUCGAUCUCUCCCGCAACUACUUGGUCAGUCUCCCCGUAGGAAUUUCAAGUCUGAAAGGCUUGACGACGCUACAUCUCUCUGGAAACCAGCUGGCAAGCAUUCCUGAUGGUGUCUUGAGCUUGACCAACCUAAAGAAUCUGGAUUUGUCUUCCAACAAAUUGCAGAGCCUGCCUGCUGGAACCUUCACAAACCUCUCGAGCUUGGAAGAUCUCAGCCUCUCUUCGAAUCAGCUUGCGAGCCUUCCUCCUGGUUUCUUUGCUACUCUCAGAAGCCUCACGACUCUCGAUCUCUCCAACAACAAGUUCACAAGCUUGCCUCCUGGCAUUGAAAGCCUGACUAGUUUGAAGUAUCUUUACCUGCAGAACAAUUUGAUUUCCAACAUC